CUCCGGAGGUAGAUCGGAUAAAGGGGGGCUCUCUGCCACCCGCUGCAGGUGGCACGGGAUGCGCCGACAUCAACCAGAUCAACCAGUCAAUGAGUUAGGUCGCAAGGGGGCGAAUUCAGUCACUCCUUCGGCACCAACUUAUAGAGGCCGGUAUUGAACCAAGACGGGAGAACGCUGACAGCUUCCUGGACCCUGUCCGUCUAUCCGUUCACCCAUCCAACUCGAUCUCACCGUCUUUCUGAACUUAAACCACGAUGCGCCGCCUUGCAACCCGUGCUGCUCCAGCGUCUGCCAAAACGGGUCGACUCGCGAACGCGGCCAGUGCGCCCAAAUCUGCUCUCCUUGCUUCGUUUUCACUCAGAAUGACUCCCUCGAACAAGUCGGCCUCGGCAACGGCGGUGCGGAGGUUACAUGCCACAGCACAACACAUGCGCCCAGCAGCGGCGGCGGCGGCAGCGGGAUUAUCCAGCACGGCCACCAAUUUCCCAACAACGCACGACAAGAUUACAGAGGUGCACGACACGCCCUACUUCAUCGACAACAAGUUUGUCAGGUCCAGCACCACGCAGUACAUCGACCUGCACGACCCGGCCACCAACAACCUGGUGACGCGCGUGCCCCAGAACACGGACGCGGAGCUCCGGGCGGCCGUCGCCUCAGCGCAGAAGGCCUUUGAGGCAUGGCGCACCACCAGCGUGCUGCACCGCCAGCAGAUCAUGUUCAAGUUUGUCGCGCUGAUCCGUGAGAACUGGGACCGCCUCGCCGCCAGCAUCACACUCGAGCAAGGCAAGACGUUUGCCGACGCUAAGGGCGACGUGCUCCGCGGGCUGCAGGUUGCCGAGGCGGCCUGCGGCGCCCCAGAGCUGUUAAAGGGCGAGGUGCUCGAGGUGGCCAAGGAUAUGGAGACGAGAACGUACCGUGAGCCGCUCGGUGUUGUGGCGGCUAUCUGCCCGUUUAACUUCCCCGCCAUGAUCCCGCUCUGGUGCAUCCCCAUCGCCACCGUGACCGGCAACACGCUCAUCCUGAAGCCCUCGGAGCGCGACCCCGGUGCGGCCAUGAUCCUGGCCGAGCUCUGCCAAAAGGCGGGCUUUCCAGAUGGCGUGGUUAACGUCGUGCACGGCGCCCACCGCACCGUCAACUUCAUUCUUGACGAGCCCACCAUCAAGGCCAUCAGCUUCGUCGGCGGCAACAAAGCCGGCGAGUACAUUUUCGCCCGCGGCUCGGCCAACGGAAAGCGUGUGCAAGCCAACCUCGGCGCAAAGAACCACGCAGCCGUCCUCCCCGACUGCAACAAGAACCACUUCCUCAACGCCGUGGUCGGCGCUGCCUUUGGCGCCGCCGGCCAACGAUGCAUGGCCCUGUCCACGCUCGUCAUGGUAGGCGAGACCAAGAAGUGGCUCCCCGAGCUGGCCGAGCGCGCCAAGACGCUCUCGGUCAACGGCGGGUUCGAACCCGGCGCAGACCUGGGCCCCGUCAUCACGCCGCAGAGCAAAGCCCGCAUCGAGUCGCUCAUCGCGUCGGCCGAGGCCGAAGGCGCCACCAUCCUGCUUGACGGCCGCGGCUUCAAGCCGGCCAAGUACCCCAACGGCAACUGGGUGGCGCCGACCAUCAUCACCAACGUCACCCCCCAGAUGCGGUGCUACCGCGAGGAGAUCUUUGGGCCCGUGCUCGUCUGCCUCAACGUCGACACGCUCGACGAGGCCAUCGACCUGAUCAACGCCAACGAGUACGGCAACGGUGUCGCCAUCUUCACCCGUUCCGGCCCCACGGCUGAGACGUUCCGCCGCAGGAUCGAGGCCGGCCAGGUCGGCAUCAACGUGCCCAUUCCGGUGCCGUUGCCCAUGUUUAGCUUCACGGGCAACAAGAAGAGCAUCGCGGGCGGCGGCGCCAGCACCUUCUACGGGAAGCCGGGGGUGAACUUUUAUACGCAGCUCAAGACGGUUACGUCCAUGUGGAGUGGCGAGGAUGCGAUUUCAAAGAAGGCCGAUGUUGCCAUGCCAACGCAUAGCUAGGUUAUCCGGGUUAAAUGUGAUCGAUAUGUGAAGGCACUGGCAUCUGUGUCUGAAUGAUGUUGACUGGAGAGUCAUAGUUCAUGAGGUGCUGGGAUUGGGAGAGAAGGGAUGAGUAAAUUUGGAGCAACCCUUUGGGAGGGGGGGGCCGAUUUUUUCAAGCAUUAUGGCAGGCGAGCAUGCACUAGCCUGGGCAUGACAUGUUUAAGAAUCAAUGAUUGACAUGAUCACGCAAAGAAUAUGUGGAAUAUCUAGUUGUGACCUUUCCUCAGUGCAUCUUUGAUCUAACCUGGAGCGUGUGUUGAGACUGCUGGAUGUUUCGUGAU